CUCCUUGCCUGCAGGGAUAACUCUGGUCCUGCUCCAGAGCGGGAAGAACCCUAGUGACUGGUCCUUCUCUGGCUGAGCGGGAAGGAUUGCACGCAGUGGUUGGCUGGCUGGCUGGCUGCCGCCGCCCCACCCUGUUCCCUGCGGCAAGCCUCGUGGAGCAGCAGACUGGGGUAUAUCUCCUCCGACUAUACACUGCUGCACACAGACGUGUGAGUGAGAGAGGGUAGGGGGAGUCCGUGCGAGGCUGCAAUCCCAAGCGCACAACUACUAAGCGCCAGGCGCGCUCAGUCCCUUGAGUGAUCAUGUUACUACUGCUUACUGCUCAGGGUGUGGGGUGUUAGUAGCAAGAUAAUGCAGAACAAUUCUCCUGAGACAAGCUUUUGCUAAGGCGUGAGUUUGGACACCAGCCUGUACAAAUUUUAUACCUAUAUCAACCACCAACCACCUGUUUAAAUAAAUAAAUAGUUCUAGAAAUUAUUUACAAAUUAAGAGUUAAAGAAAUUGUCAUUGUACAGCUAGCUGGAAAAUUGCUCCUAAAACAGUUUGUGAACAACACAGAAAACACUGGACUGCAAUGAUGGAUCAGUGAUAUAAUCUAGACACUCUAUAAAAAUGGAAUGAACAAAGGAUGGCCAUUGCAGAGAAAAGGAGGAAAUGGAUUAUGACACAUUCUAUGCUGCGGUCCAGAAACUGUUUGGUCCAGAUGUGAAGACUCAAGAUGUUAAAACCUUUUAUAGGAAGAUUAGUAACAACCCAGAUGGACGAACAGAAUGGUGCGAGAUCUUUGGAUAUUAUAUACUGGAGGGUGAUGCUCUUGCUGCUCAACUCGAUGAAGAAAACAUGGUUUUCCUGGUAUCCAGAAAACAGCGGAUUACAAAAGCAGGAGUCAAGAGACGUGAUGUAAUAAAGUGCAUAGUAAAGGUACCACAACUGGAUUUUAUAGUAACAGCAUCUCAGAAAGGAACGCUGACUGUUUUUUCCAGCCAGAUGAGGAUACUGACUACCACCAGCAUUCAAGAUAGUUCCUGGAUCACUGGAUGCGAUUACCUUAAUCAGCUCAAGCGUGUUGUUGCUGUGACGGAAAGAACCAUCAUCGUCUGGGAUUAUAAAUCACAAGGGAGUCCCAUGGAUAAUUGUUUUAUCAUCAAACCUAUGGAACAUUGUGUCCUCUGUGUGUGUGCAAUUCACCGACCAUCAGAACUGCUAAUGAAGGAUGACAUCUUAAUGGGCGAUGAUGGUGGAUAUGUUAAUAUGUUAACCAUGACCAGUGAUGACUUUGGGCUAAAACAAUCUAAAUCUAAGAAGAAAACACAACUUAUGGUUUUAGACUCUAAGAAAUUCCAAAAACUUAAGCGUAAGCUGCAUGAUGACUGGGUUGUGAAAGUGAAAUACAUAUCAGCCUUGAAUUGCUUUGGAUCUUGCUCUUUGGACAGUGUUCAUUCCUUGGUUUUGGAUGACCUGAAAAGACUGGAGGACAACAUACCCAUCAGGGAUUUUUCAGUACCAAGAGGAGUCAAUGCCUUUACAUAUUGUGGAAAAGCCAAUAUCAUAGUUACUGGGGGAGAUGAUAAAAUCCUCCGUUUGUGGCACCCCAACAUCAACACCAAACCAGUGGGGAAGCUGAUGGGACACCUAUUUAGUAUUACAGAGAUUGUCACCAAUGAAAAAGAUCAGCAUAUUAUUAGUCUCUCCGCUGCAAAGAUUUUCAGAGUGUGGGAUAUCCAGACACUUUCACUGUUGCAAGUUUUUCAUGAUUCCUUAGGGGGACCCAGAGAGGCCCAAAUCUUUGCUAUGAUAUUUGACCAUAACCAUGGCACACUUGUUACAGGAUCAUCUGUCAUUGAUAUUUAUCCUCUAACGCGUAUGAUACAAGACACGAAACAGGUCCCCCAGACACAUGAAAGGAACAUCAAUGUGCUGGUUUACAACAAAGCCUUCCACCAAGUUCUUACUAUCUGUUCUGAGUCUAUUGUAAAGGUCUGGGAACUGGAAUCAGGUCAAGCAAUAUACCAGAUUGAGGAUGCCCACGGGCCGAAUGUUGAGCUGACAUGUGCAGCAAUUGAUAAAAACGGGUUUCAUCUUGCCACUGGAGCAUGUGAUGGUACUGUGAGAACAUGGGACUUUGGAAGUGGCCAGGUGCUUAAAGUUCUUCCUCUUUCCAAGGAAAGCAAAGAUAAUGAACACUGGCUCAUGCAGAUGGUUUACCUGAAGGCUAGUGGCAGCAGACAUGUAAUCCUGGCCUUGGAGUACAGUGGAAUGAUCAAAAUUGUUCAGAGUAAUGAAGGUGAUGUUUACUUGUCUAUUACUUGGGAUCUUCCUGAAGCUGUAUCACUUGCUCUACAAGGCAAUCUACUCAUGUCUCUAAAACUGACUCCCAAUGCCAGGAAAGCUAAUGGAUUUUUUCCAGAUGUUCAGCUAUUGCCUGAGAAUGUUCCAGUGCAAUCAGAUACAGAGAAUUUACCACCCCUAGCAGAAGUGAAAUGCUUUGAUGUGCUAAAAAUAGAAGGUUACAAUUUGUUAGCAACUGCAAGUGCAAAUGGUUCCAUCAUCAUGUGGGAUUUUGAAUCUGCCACUGCCAGACACAUAUUCAGAACUGGUCAUGGCAUUCAAGGAGAUGGAGCUGAAUUACUGGGCAUCAAUAUGUUACUGUUCCUCCAUCGAAGUGCCUUCUAUCUCCGGCAACUUAGUCAGGCCUCCACCUACAGUUCAGAGGCUCAAAGUGAUCUCAGUCCUACACAGGAAGUUGAAGCCAGUAGCAGUAUCAGCGUAAGAAAGGAAGGUGCUAAAAAUGAACCUCCUGCUGCAGCAACUCCUUCAGGCCAAGAAACAAAACUUGCAGAUUCACCCACCUUGGGGAGUAGAGGAAUAUCAUUCCAUCUACCAGGAGCUGGAUAUGAACAAGCAGAAUUUCAUCGACAUAUACCCAUACUUGCCUCUGCUCAUGAAGAUGGUUGUAUCUGUCUCUGGACUAUAACGGGAGAUCUACUGAAAGAAAUUUUGCCUUUCACCAAACAUCCUCCAAUUCCUUUGACAGCACUAUGCACUGAUGUAUCUGCUAAAAUGCUUUUUGCUGCUAACAAAGAGGGGCAUGUUAUAAGAUGGAAUAUUGGCUCUUUCUUAGAAGAUCCACUGGAUACCAACAAGCAUGUAAAGCAGCAAGUUUGCUGGCGAGCUCAUUCCUCCAAAAUAGUCAACCUGUUCUAUGAUGAUGAAAGAAACAUAGUGGUGACUGCCUCUGUCGAUUCUUCUGUCAGGCUCUGGCAUUCGUCUAAUGGACACUACUGUGGUUAUUUUGGUCAGCGCAGACCAUUUGAACUUUCUGAUUCCACUGAUGCAAUUUUGCCCUGUGAUGUAAAUGAACUUCCUUUCACAAUAAAAGAUGACAGCAAGUACAUGGAAAAAAAGCAGAAGUUUGAAUACCCUCUAGUCCUUGACAAGGAAAGGUGGAAGACACUGACCAGAUGCUCUUUAACUUUGAAAAAACCUGGCCCUAUGGAAAUUGAGCAAGAUUUCAAGUUUUUCAGAGCCUUGUCUUCCCCUAAGAUUCACAAAUACCCUUUGGAAAGUUUCAAAUCUGCAAACAAAGAUGCUGGUAUUGUAUUUGGUUCUAUACCUAUAUACAGGAUUAUAAGUCCUACAAGGCAGAAAACAACUCUUGAGGACGGAGACUCUAUUGACAGCAUCAUCAAACGAAGCAGAAGUGUGUAUAAUACACCAUCACGUUUAACUGAUAGAAGAGAUGCAAAAAGCAGUCAAACAUCAGUGCCUGUACCUUCUUCCAUCCCCAGUGCUUCAAGACCGAGAAUGAAAAUCAAGAGACUGUAAGAGAUGUUGCAAUUAACAUUGGUGAAAAUAAAUCCUUGAGAG